AUGAAGACCCUGAUGCGCCACGGUCUGGCUGUGUGCUUGGCGCUCACCACCAUGUGCACCAGCUUGUUGCUCGUGUACAGCAGCCUCGGCGGCCAGAGGGAGCGGCCCCCGCAGCGGCGGCAGCAGCAGCAGCAGCAGCAGCAGCAGCAGGAGGCAGCCGGCAGCGCGCCCCCGGCGGCGGACAGCAGCCCCCCCCCCCGGGCCCCGGCCCCGGCCCCCGCCGCGCCGCGGCCGCUGGACGGAUACCUCGGCGUGAGGGACCGCAAGCCCCUGAAAAUGCACUGCAGGGACUGUGCCCUGGUGACCAGCUCGGGGCACCUGCUGCGCAGCCGGCAAGGCCCCCAGAUAGACCAGACCGAGUGCGUCAUCCGCAUGAAUGACGCCCCGACCCGUGGCUACGGGCGCGACGUGGGCAACCGCACCAGCCUGCGGGUCAUCGCGCAUUCCAGCAUCCAGAGGAUCCUCCGCAACCGCCACGACCUGCUCAACGUGAGCCAGGGCACCGUGUUCAUCUUCUGGGGCCCCAGCAGCUACAUGCGGCGCGACGGCAAGGGCCAGGUCUACAACAACCUGCAGCUCCUGAGCCAGGUGCUGCCCCGGCUGAAGGCCUUUAUGACCACGCGCCACAAGAUGCUGCACUUCGACGAGCUCUUCAAGCAGGAGACAGGAAAAGACAGGAAGAUCUCUAACACUUGGCUCAGCACUGGCUGGUUCACCAUGACAAUUGCACUGGAGCUGUGUGACAGGAUCAAUGUUUAUGGCAUGGUGCCCCCCGACUUCUGCAGGGACCCCAAUCACCCUUCAGUACCUUAUCACUAUUAUGAACCUUUCGGACCUGAUGAAUGUACAAUGUACCUCUCCCACGAGCGAGGACGGAAGGGCAGUCAUCACCGCUUCAUCACGGAGAAACGCGUCUUUAAGAACUGGGCACGGACAUUCAACAUUCACUUUUUUCAACCAGACUGGAAACCAGAGUCACUUGCUAUAAAGCAUCCUGAGAAUAAACCUGUCUUCUGAGCAAUGCGUGUGCCAGACCGAAAUCCCACGUACCUACUGUAUCAGACGCCAGGGCACUGGACGUCCUGAGCCACCAGACACAAAAGAGGGACCAGACUGGAAGCAGGAAACUCCUCAGUAAGCAACAUGUACAGAUGCCUGUGAGGCGUGACUACAAAGCAGUGCGGUUGGUGUGUAAGGAGAAAAUUCAAGAAUUAGUAUGUCCCCAUGAGUGUCAUUCCUCUCAAAAGGGACCUUCGGAGCUAAACACUCAUUUCAAUGCUGCUGCCAUGGCUAAAAGAACAUUCUGGAUCUCUUUAAGUAUUGCCUUCAAAACCGAAACACGAGCAACUCAACGUUAGUUGUGUUCCUUUAUAGAAAUACCACAUCGAAAGACAGUUUUCUAUCAAGUUGUAUCCUAACCUGAUCUAUAAUCUUUGUCAUCCGUUGGGCUCUGUAUGUGUGAUUUGUAAAAAGCAGUCCGAACGUCUGGACAUGAUUUCUGAAGAGCACAUCUCCACUGACUUUCAUAAAGCAAAUGCCCACUAUUUAUUUAUUAAGAGUUUUUUAGUGUACUCUAGGCCAGUAUUUUUAUAGAUGUUGAUUAUGUGCUAAUCUUUCCUUCUUAGCUCUUUAACCCUGAAUGAUGGUCGGAAAACACCUAGUGAUGGGGCUGAUGAGUGACUACGCUCACGAUGCUCAUUGUUAGCAUGUGGUUGGCUUGGAAAUGUGGCAUUGCAUUUUUUGAACCCUUAGGCUUCAAGAAUAGCUGUGACAUUUUCUAACGUAAAAUGCUCCAGAUGACAAAACUGAUAACCAAAAACGGUGUUAUUACAACAAAAAGAUACAUCUUCAGUAA